UGCAGGACCUUUGUGUACAAACAAACACACUUCCGCAUUUAUUACGCAAUCCAUGAAGCGCCUGUUUGUUUGGGUCGUGUAUGCGCUUGCGAAUAAAAUUUGAAGAACAUGUGUGGAAAAGGAGGUAAGGUAAGGACUAUAAAGAUUUUAACCUCAGUCUGAAGCUGAAGAUUUAAAGAUGGACAAGCCCUGAAGCCUAGCACAUUACAGAUAAACGUUAACGUUGCUAUUGAUUGGUGUUUCAUUCAUGAAAAUGGCCAUCUUGAAGAAUAGACAGUUGUAUAUGAUACAAUAAUUUGUCCAUGUGAUGUCUAAAUAAUGUGCCAAAAUGAUAACAUCAACGAACACAGCGAUGAAGUUUGGGUGCCUGCCAUCUCGACGCCAUAUCCUUGUAGCAAUCCUUCUGGUCCUGGUACUUCAGUUGGUCCUAUGGGUGUUUGUGGCCUUCAAACCAUCCAACAAUAUUACAAUAUACCUUAGUCGAUCCAUGGACGGUAGAUCACAGCUAGCGCAGAACCAGAUUGAUUUCAAGGAUGCAAUCUCAAUCGGUGCUGAGCAAGGACAUCAUGUCAGGAGUCGAGGCAAUAAGACAUUUGGUAAGAGGGAGAAGAAGAAACGUGUGAAAGGUGGCUUUCUAGCCAAGUUGGAUGCCUUGAAACACGGUCAACUACGAGAAGGAGAUGAUGCAUCUAAACAUGAUCCGGAGAAGAAUGUUACACAUCCUGUGCUUCUUGAAAGGGCAAAACUCAUUAAAUCACAAUGGUCUGAAGAAACAAGACAGAGGUUACUAAAGAAUCUUGAACCAAGUCUCAUAACACAGGACCUCUCUCCUCUUAGCGAUAGCUGCUGUUCUAUAGCUGACGUAGAAGCACCCCCAUCUCUGUGUGGUCACUUUGACUGGGACUGCAGCCAUAGUCCCACUUAUACUCAACACCAUAGACGCAACAGAACCCUGACGAUCAGCUGCCCCGGAGACUUCCGAAUAUAUUGGUACUUUGAACGAAAUGGGGGCCUAACCAGUGAUGUCAUGAAGAAUUACACCAAUCAGUACUCGACCUGGAGUCAUGUGACUAAACCUAUCAACAUACCAUUCCCAACCCAGUAUGCUGAUAUAUUGUGCAGGAUACAUUCAGAGGAUGGCCCCAAGGUUCACCAUAACUACCGUACACAGUUCAUUCCUAACAGGGAAUCUGUUGUGAAGCAACAUAAAAUCUUCCACAAAAAGAAGGAAGAACAGACAGAUUGGCAGCCCUUGUCCAUAUUAUCCAUCAAUGUGGAUUCUUUGUCAAGGGCUCAGUUCCACCGCUCCUGUGGGUUACCGAGGACAAAACAACUCUUACAAGGAAUCUUUAAUGCCAGUAACGAUUCAAGUCAUCAAGCUUUCCUUUUCAAUCGCAUGAAUUCAAUCGGUGGUGUUACAGCAAUGAAUUUAACUCCCUUGUAUGCAGGAAUCUAUUUUAAACAGGCAGAUGAAGAGAAAAGAGUCCGCAUUCACAGAUACACCAAGCCUAUCAAGGAAUGGAUGUGGGACUAUGCAAAUCAACAUGGCUACCUGACCAGCUAUGCUAUGGAUACAGGCAACGGGAUCAUGGGUACAAGAACAAUUUGCCCUGAAUGCAACCAUCUUCCUGUAGAGCUCCCUCACUGGGAGCAUGACUGGGUCAAGAUGGAAAAUAAAGAGAUGAAGCCAGGCGUCCUGAGCGGUCUGUGUGAUGGGGAUACCAUGAUACAUGAACACAUCAUGAACUUCACCAGAGAUCUCAUCAACUAUGACUACCCAGCCAAGUGGGCUGCCUUUGAUCUCAAUGCCAAACAUAGACCAGAGCAGGAAUCAGCUAACCAGGUAGAUGCUCUUCUGGCGGACACACUGCAGUCCUUGAUGGCUACCCAACCAAAUCUUGCAAUUUUUCUAUUUGGUGACCAUGGUGAUCGUUACCACGGUGAUGAUGCCAAUCACCCAGGCAGCUACAUGGAGAUCCUCCUUCCUUUCCUGGCCAUCAUCCUCCCUAAGCACCUGAUCAACUCUCACCCUGAGUGGGAGAGGAACCUGCUUAUCAACAGCCAGAGAUAUGUGGUCCACUAUGACUUGCACCAGACAAUGAAGUCUCUUAUGGACUAUCCACACCUCGAUAACGUCAAAGGUCAUAUCGUGGAGGAUUCUUACAAUCUCAUCACUCAGAUAAUUCCAAGUGACCGUGGAUGUGCUGAGGCUAUGAUUCCCAGCUGGAGUUGUGCUUGUGGAGGUCCAACGAUCUUAACCAGAGGAGAAUGGACUGAAAAUCACAUUUCAUAUGCCCAACAGGCCUUAGACGUCAUCAACACCAAGCAUUCUAAGGAGUCCUUGCUAGCCGCCUCUCCCAACGGCAACACAUCCACCUCCUGCAUGGACCUCCAUUUUGAUUCGCUCGUCACUGUUGCUAAGAUACACCACGACUACGCCCGCCUCCAGAUCACCAUGUACAUCAUCUCCUUUGAUGCGGUGGAGGGUCCAUCCAGGUGGGACCUCCGCAUCACUGAAGAUGGCCAUAUAGACUCGCUAAAGCAGCUUUCAAGAUACCAAAAAUAUGAAGAGUGCCUUGACCCCAGAGUCUCCAUAGAAUUCUGUGUCUGCAAGCAGUUUCCUCCAGGAACACCCUAAUACACCACAUUGUUAUUCAUAUAUUGUUAUUUAUAUAUUUCUGUAUCAGACUCGAUAGUUUCUUUGACCUUGUGUUCAUUAUUUCUUCCAUUGUUAUCUUUCUGUUUGUAUUUUUAUUUUUAUUUGGAAUCCAACCUCAAUUUUUGGUUGCAAUAAGGAAACAACAAUAACCAAAAUUGGAAAUAGCACCAAGGAGAGAGAGAAAGGGAGAGAAGGAGAGAGAGAGAGAGAGAGAGAGAGAGAAAGAUACAAAGUGAGGGAGAAUGAAAAAAAAAAGAGAUAGUGACAUGCAUGCGUAAAUAUAUUGACAGAGAGAUACUGAAAUCUACAGGAAUUAAAUAGGUUAGAAAUAGACAGACAGAGAGAGGAUGAGUUAGAGAGAAUGGAGAUGGAGAGAAAAUAUGUGCUUCAAUCAUUGAUUCAGUCAGGAAGAGAUAAGAAGAAAAAGAGGUAAGAGGGGGAGAAAGAUAGAGGUGAAAAAUGAAGUGAGAGAAGUGAAAAGGAGAGAGGGAGAGAUGUUUAUGUAUAAGAUAAAAGAGACAGGGAUGUCACAAGUUGCAGAUUUGUUACAAGUUGCAGAUCCUUAUUAGACAGAGAGAGAGAGAGAGAGAGUGUGUGUUUGUAUGUGUGUGAGAAAGAGAGAGGAGGGAGGAGUGUAUAAAUGUUGAAGGGAUUCUGGUUAUGGUCUUCAUGUUAUUUAUUAUUGUUGUUCAUUUGUUAACCUUGAUGUAUUGUGAAUGUGAUGCAAUAAAUAUAGAAUCUUCCUGCUUUAUCAAUUAA